UGCACAAUACCUCACUUCCUUAGUAGCUGCCAUUGCUGCGAGAGAGGGAAAUGCAGAGAAAAUAAAAUGGAGAGAGAGAUUAUGUCUGUAAAGACUGUGUGUGAGAAAGCUGGGAAGGAGGCAGGGAAAUAAGAACAUUUUGAGCAGCUAGGAGUGAAGUGAAGAUAUCUGUUAUCGGGACUUCAACUAGAGAAGGCAGUGCCAAUUCCAGCCAUAUGGCUCAGUCAGCUAACAGUGUGGACCAGGAUACGGCCAGCAAGAGGCUCCACUCAAGGAUGGAAGCGUCAUGUCUGGAGUUGGCUUUGGAAGGCGAAAGGCUGUGUAAGACCGGGGACUUUAAAGGUGGGACAGCGUUCUUCGAGGCGGCCGUGCAGGUUGGCACGGAGGACCUGAAGACACUCAGUGCCAUCUACAGCCAGCUGGGCAAUGCCUAUUUCUACCUCAAGGAGUAUGGCAAAGCCUUAGAGUAUCAUAAGCACGACCUGACACUGGCAAUGACAAUAGGAGACCGAAUAGGAGAGGGAAAAGCCAGCGGUAACCUUGGAAACACCCUAAAGGUGUUAGGCCGUUUCGAUGAAGCAGCAGUGUGCUGUAAAAGACACCUGGACAUCUCUCAAGAGCAAGGGGACAAGGUUGGGGAGACGAGGGCCCUGUAUAACAUAGGUAAUGUGUUUCAUGCGAAGGGGAAGCAGGAGCUCUGGGGCUGCACCCAGGAGCCUGGGGAUCUGCUUCCAGAUGUCAGAGACACACUACAGAAGGCUACUGGGUUCUAUGAGAUGAACUUGUGUCUGGUCAAAGAACUGGGUGAUCGAGCUGCCCAGGGAAGGGCCUUUGGUAACCUAGGCAACACUCACUAUCUGCUGGGAAACUUUGUGGAGGCCAUCAAGUUCCACAGACAGCGUCUCUCCAUCGCCAAAGAGUUUGGUGACAAAGCAGCUGAGAGAAGAGCUUAUAGUAACCUUGGCAAUGCUUUAAUUUUCCUGGGCCAAUUCAACACUGCUACAGAUCACUACAGAAAAACUUUGCAGCUGUCUCAUCAACUGAAGGACCAGGUGAUGGAGGCCCAGGCUUGCUACAGUCUGGGAAACACCUACACUCUUCUACAGCAGUAUGAAAGAGCCAUUGACUACCACUUAAAACACCUUCUUAUAGCCCAGGAGCUCACAGACAGAGUGGGUGAGGGCCGUGCCUGCUGGAGCCUGGGGAAUGCGUAUGUGUCUUUAGGGAACCAUCGUCAGGCACUGCAUUAUGCCCAUAAACACCUGGACAUCUCCAGCGAGAUUGGAGACAGGAAUGGGGAGCUGACUGCCAGGAUGAAUGUGGAGCAGUUGAUGGAGGCUCUGGGGGUCAGCGAGAGUGACCUUACAUCCUGCGGGUCAGAGUUUGAGAAGCAAGGAGCAAGACCUAAAUUUGCCAAGAGAAACAGCAUGGACAGUGUAGAGCUGUGGAAGUAUUCCUCAGAUAAGAAACAGUACAGUCCACUGGAUCCACCCGGGCCUUCCUCACUGGAACAUCAGAAACUAGGUUGUGACCCUUCUGAUGAGGACUGCUUCUUUGAUCUCCUGAGCAAGUUUCAGAGCAGCCGCAUGGAUGACCAGCGCUGCAACUUAGAUGAGACACAGAAUGGGGAGAACGGCAAAAAUGGAGGCGGUGCAGCAGACAUCCUAUCCUUCAAUGAAAUGCUAGAUACUGCAAUCCUCACUUCCCCUCAGACUGAGGAGCUGUUUGACUUGAUUGCCAGUUCUCAGAGUCGUCGCCUGGAUGACCAGCGGGUCAACAUUAGCAACUUGCCAGGUCUCAGAAUUACCCACAACAACAUGAGCCAUCUGUGUGGUGAGGCAGAUCCCCAGGAGCCCAGCGAUGACUUCUUCAACAUGCUCAUCAAGUGCCAGUCCUCCAGGAUAAAUGACCAACGGUGCUCCCCUCCAGAUGCAGGCCCUAGGGCCCCCACAGUGCCUGACGAGGACUUCUUCAGCCUCAUCCAGAGGGUGCAGGCCAAGCGCAUGGAUGAGCAACGUGUCCAGCUCCCCUCAGAUGAACAAGAUGGGCCCUGCUCCCAUGAGGCCCAACCGUCCUCCAGUGACAACAACUAGGGGUCAAAGAACACAUCCAUUGGGAACUCUUUAAAAAAGAAAUGUACACAAUUUUAUCAAGAAAAUUGACAACCAUUCAAGGAGGGGUGUUACGAGAAGUGAAUUAGGUUGAAUGUGCAAUAGGUGAUGCUUUUCCAGUGGUCAAUACAUGUUUUAGCUUACAUUUAGAUGUGUUUAAAUCCAAUUGGAAGUUUGACUUGAGGGAAACAUUUUGACAGGGAUGAGACAUGUAAUAACUCAUAAGACACAUAUAUUUACCCUGUCAACUGCCUUAAUCAAUUUGUCUCAGGCUCACAUUAUAUUCCCAAGUGUCUGACAUUCUGUGGUCUUGAGUUGCAUGAUAAGUAUUUUAAUAUUUGUAAAUGAGUGUUUGAAGGUUUGCGUGUUUGUGUAAAUGAAUGAUUAUUGUUGAAAUCAUUGUAUUGUAUGUUAUAAUAGUAUUAGGUACAGUAUGGUUAUUGGUGACAAACUGGAACUCAAUGUUAAAGCAUCUGUUUCCAUUACUUUAAUGAAUCUAAAAACUGCAGUGGAUCAUCUUUUUUCUCAAACACUAGGCUAGAUUUGACAUUUAAACCAAUAAAGCUAUUCAUCAGAAUGUA